AUGACCGGCGUCCACUCGCUUAUAUACCAGAGCCCUGGACCAGAUAGAAUAGUCAACUCCUAAAUCUCUUAGUUAACGGCAAUUCGCACGUGCAUUCGAGUCAGACUUUCUACCGAAAAAGAGUGAGCUUAACAAGAUGAAGGUCACCAUUGCAUUCGUUCUCCUCUGCGCUUGUGUUGUCUACGCCUUGCCAACGGAGAAAUCCGUCACUCCCAAGGAUGUUAAGGAACCGAAAGAGAUCAAGGAAGCAGCAACGGCGUCGAAGGACGUGAAGGACGCCAUCAAGGCCGCAAAGGACGCUAAGAAGACCAAGAAGGAGUGCGCCAAGCCCUGUGCCGACCUAUACGAACCCGUCUGCGCCCACUCCGCUACAGACGUAAACGUCAAACCCGUCACUUUUGGCAGUCUUUGCGCAAUGGAGGUUCACAACUGCGAGUCCGGAGCUAAACUGACGGUUAAAAAUAAGGGAGAAUGCGCCGGAGCCGGUGGCGUCAGGCUGUCAUAAAUGACGUAUACGUAAAUUAUUGAUCACCCGGUAAAUUCUCGAAGAGUAUUAUUCAUGUUAUGUAUUAUGCCGAAAACGGAUUCACUAAAAUUAUCGUUAUUAAUAAGUUGUACAUGUAUACACCUUAGCACCCAACCUCGCGCAAUAACAUUAAUAUCUGUCAUGCAUUCGAUUCUGUAGAAUACACAUAGUAAUUACCUGUUCUCCUUCGUGUACAAAUAAAAACAGUUUUCAAAUACAAAA